CAUUCACCUGUUGUACAUUGAAACAGGAAAACGAGCGGAUCAAUACAGACGGAGUUUGAGCGAAACAAACGGUUUUAUCGUCUUACUUUAACUUUGAAGUCCCCCUAUUCCUGCUCGCCCAGCACUCAUGGACAAAUUAAAGAAAGUUCUCAGCGGCCAAGACGGCAACGACGACCUCAACGUGUUGCAGGCGGCGAGUGAAGCCACCACGCUGGGCUGGGGAACUCGCCUCAAAGCCUUCAUCGCCUGCUUCGCGCUGGGAGUCUUCUGUUCAGUUCUGGGAUCGUGUUUACUAUGGGUUCCUAGAAAUGGCCUCAUACUGUUUGUGGUUUUCUACACUUUUGGCAAUGUUGCCUCUCUUUUAAGCACAAUGUUCUUGAUGGGGCCCUUAAAGCAAGUGAAGAGGAUGUGUGACAAGACCAGAGCGCUGGCCACAGCCAUCAUGAUAACAUGCCUUGUGUUGACUCUCUGCGCUGCAUUUUGGUGGAAAAACAAAGGUCUUGCCCUGCUCUUUUGCGUUCUCCAGUUUCUGGCUUUUACUUGGUACGGCUUAUCAUAUAUUCCAUUUGCAAGGGAUGCGGUGAUUAAGGUGUUCUCCGUAUGUUUGAAGUGAGGUGUAGUGCUGCGGACCUCUCUCGCCCCCCUCUCUUUCUCCCUGCCUGCUCUGGCUUCAGCUCCGCUACCCCCUGAGUGCCCACUGGUAGCGCCCACUCGAGCGCCCACUCUAGCGCCUGGCACACGCACACACCACAGGUGUGCUUUUCCUCUCCUUGAUGGCUGGACACUCUCCAGGAAUGUGUACCGAUGUAACCGCUUGCACUCACACAGCACAUACUCGCACAUACUCUCUCUAGAGGUCAGUGAAGGAAUGAAAUGUGAAGGAGUGAUGGCUGUAUGAAGAUUACAAUUAAGAUGUCACAGAUGACCAUUGCCACUGUGCACUUGAACAAAGUGGCCUUACCAUUUUAUAAUGUGUGUUUAUAAACAUAUACAGUACUUUUGCUUGUAAAACACUAUAUAACAUCUAAAUAAGUACAAAUAAAUGUAAAUACAGUAAACAUGACACGAAUGUACUGUUUUAAUAAGUCAUUAUUAAUAUUUUAGUUCAUAUAACACAGAUUUUGUUCCUAACUUUAUGCUGCACUCCAGCCAUUGUAUGAAUUUGGAUUAAUAUAAAUUAAUUUAAUCAGCAGCUCAUUUGAUUUCAUUUAAAAUGCCCAAAUUCUACAUAUUAUCCUGGCCUUUUCUGUUUCCCCUGAGGUCCAGUUAUAGUGUUUGUGUGAUUUAGUGAACCAAAAGCAGUCAUGAUUAAUUUUUACAUUCUUCCCCUUCUCUUUGCCCCUUACAAUUUGUUACUGUGCCUUUAAUACUGAUAUAUGUAAAUGAUCUCUGUUCUGAUUGGCUGCCCGGGAUUGUGCCUUGUUCACUGUAUUGUGCCUGGACUGAAACAGUCCCUAUAAAUUCAGCAUGAAUGGGCAGGGCUAAACUACUGAAGGCUAGAGUAUGUAAAUGUGUUGAUUUUCUUGACAUCACAAGAAGUGUGAUUUGCAGUUUAAUUUCCAUAUAUGAACUUUGUGGACUGGGAAGUGAACGGUUUUGGUACUUUGGUACAAUGUUUACAUACUACAUCACACUUUAUUGUAAAACAAAAAAAAAAAGCAAGAAUAAGUUGAAUUCCAUGAUUUAGGCCUUUUAAUGAAGGAUUGAUUAGAUAAACGAGAUACUGGCUGGUUAAUAUCAAGCCACAAUGCAUGAUCUAUUUGUACUUAUUUUCAUGUUAAUGUUUUUUAACAAAUAGACACUUAUUGAUUAGUUAAAUAGCUUUGCGUAUCAUUUUCUUCAUGCCUAAGACUUAUGCACAGUGCUGUAUAUUUACAUAGAGAUGAAGAAGAAGAGUUUUUUUAGGUCACAUUUCUUGCACUGCAAUAGACAACAGGCCAAAAGUUUGAUAACAAAACCAACUGAUUGAUACAUUCAGAUGCUCCUGAAGGCUUGAUAAACUCAACCAGGUGCAUUACAUAAGGAGUUUGUAUAGAAGCACAAACUCCUCAAUAUAUGAUGCCUUUAUUACCAAAAACUUUUCCCAAAUUAUACAGUAGAGUACAAGCACACUGCUGCAAAUCACUGGAAUAUUCUUUCUUUUUAUUUUAUCUGAUGUCAGUAAAAAUGAUGUUGGCUGGUUGCCUUACGUGUAAAAUAAUGUUAAUACUUUAAACAUGUCUGCAUCCAUGCUUUUGGCCUGUAGCGUAUACCAUUCUAAUCCCCUCUUUGGUGCUUUCUUCUUCUGGUCAACUGUUUAAUUAUUACAUUGGAGCAAACGUUCUAUCCAAAUGAAGCCUAGUGUGGGGCUGUAGUGCUGUGUAAAUAUGGAUUCUCCAUUGAAAAUCCUAGAACCUUUAAAAUAGAGUUCAGUAUUUGUGGCUUUCGUUGGGCUUCUUAAAUUUUCUUUGUUUUUUUUUUGUUGUUGUUUUUUUACUGAAGGUCUUAGUUCUCUUAGUUUGUUUAAAAGGGAAUUCCAUUGAUUAUUUUACAGUUCUGCAUAAUUAUACUGUUUGAGAUGUAAAUGAAGACAGUUGGAGAGAAAUUAACUGAUGUGAAUUUCUUUAUGAUACUGGUAGGAACCAGGAGUCACAGUGACUACAACACAAAUAUAGCCAUUUUAUUUACUCUCCACAACAAUCAGUGAAACUACACAUGUCUUCUGAGUUUUAUAUGUAAUAUUGAUGAUGGUAAAAUCUGAAAAAAAUGUUUUCUUUGCCUCUCUGCCAUCGCCAUGAAUAGAUAAAAAAAUGUUUUAGGUCAAAAGACUCUUAAACCUAUUAAAAACAGUGUCUCAAGCAUCAGGCAAUUAUUUCAUGUAAUAACUUUCUGUGAUGGGGCUUUGAAGGCAUUAAACUCUUCAGACGUCUGGUUCCUAUCACCACCAAGGUGAACAGUUUUGACUGAGGAGGUUGCUCUAGAAACAGAGUGUUUUACUUCAAACCACUCUGAAUGACUUUGUUUACAUCUUAACCAUUUAAUUAUGGGAAAAGUGAACAUUCUGAAUUCGCCUUUGAAUUCUGAAGCUCAUCGAGGCUUGCGUCCUUGCCUCGCACUUUCCACAAGUUAAGGGGUCAUUAUGAUUUUUGGUGUUGUUUUCUAGCUGCUUAGCUCAUUGUAGGGUGCCAAUAUUGUCAGCAAUUUUUAGUGUUUGCUGUGAGUAUUUGCUUCUCUGAGCUGCACUUGUGAACUGGCUGCUUGAAUUCAGGUGGUUCCAGUUUUAUUUACUGUUUCAAAUGACUGUAAUUUCAGAGUCUGUCAUUUCCUCAUAAGCGUGUCAGAGCUUUCAAAUUAAACCGUUUAAAAAAACGAUAUUCCUUUACAAGAUGGAACUGGUUCUUAUACUGUGCUGUACUGUGUGUAAGUGUUUCUGGACGGUCAUAUCAAAUGUUAUUUCACAGUAUUUUUAGUUUGUGUAUUUUUAUUUUUUUGUGAUUUAUAGUACUGUGUAAAAGUCCUAAAUAGUUAACACUAUUAUAAAUAAAUUGGAUUUUUCCAUUUGCAAAAAAGUAGUAGUUUUGUGAGGUGGUCAGAUGAUUUGGUUCCAGGAUUGUCCUGGACACACUCCAUUUCACAAAUUUGUUAACUUCCAUCAACAGCACCUCUGAUUUAAUUUAAUAAAGGCUUAUUGGAUGGUGGCUACAAAUAAUACAGGUCUGCUGUGAGGAGAGCUUGGGAAAUACAUACAAUCAGUACUUUUUGGAUGAAUGUUAUUUAUAUUUAUUCUAAAGUUACUAAUUUAAACUUUAAAUUAAUGCUUACUGCCCGAGUAAACAGCUUAUUAAUUUGUUUCUCAAAGCUUUUGCACAGUACUGUAAUAACUGGAAGGACAGGGUAUCACCUAAUGUACUUUUUUAGUUGAAAGUAUUUCAGUUGCUUCAUUUUGAAUAAUGAAUAUUUUAAUAAUGAAGACCUCUUAGUGUACAUUACAGGGUAGUGUAGUAUCAUCACUGUUGUGUAAGGACUGAAGGCAGCAGUUGCACGUUAUGAACACUGUACUGUGGCGAUUAAAAGCUCAUUCAAAUCAGA